CUUGGUUCCCAGUUGUGAUUAAGUCCCUGUUUGGAAAUCCAGAAAACCUUCUUCCUUUCCAUUUUUCUCUCAACAGAAGGAAAUCCUGAGAACCAGCAUCUUUUGCAAUUCGUUUUCUCUUCAAUGACCCUUUUUUUUUUGUGCAAAAUGUUUCAUUUUAUUGAUUCUUUUCCAUUUGGAUGCUACACUUAGGGUGCCACUUUAAAUAUAUAGUCUUAUUCAAUUUUCGUAUUCGAGAAGUACUUGAAAACUACAAAAAUCACCAGAAGAGGAGGAAAAAAUCACUCAUAGGACAAGAUUAAGACAAAAAAAAAAAAAAGAAGACUUUUUAAACAUUUGAAUUCCCAAACGGGGUCUAAAGAGUUUAGGCUUAUUGAAGAGACACACUAUACAGGAGUAUAUUUUAUGAAAGUCUAACACUUUCCAAAUAUGCACAUGCCUCUUGCCAUAUAGUAAGGAGCAGAGAAAAAGGUCCUAGGAUGAGUUUUGAAGGUCCAUUGUUCGUGAAAACAUGAUGCACAUGCGACUAUACCAUAUUGGAAAGAGAUCUCUAUUGGGAAUUAAGCAAAAAGAUAGAUAAACAAGAGGGAGUUGUUGGGUUGGAGCAAUCAUUACCAACGUGAACAGCUUUACUUAACUCCAGUCAUUCAAUCUAUUUCUCCAUUUCCUCUCUCUCUCUUUCUCUUCACUGAAUAAUUGACCCCCUGUUUCGAUACUCAAAACUCCAACUUUUGCAUUUUGAUUUCUGGUUUUUGUGUAUACUGCCGUCUGGGUUUUGGAAAUUGCUCUUCCCAAGAUGACUGUGGAGGAAAUUAGAGCGAGAUUAGGGUCUGAAAACGAUAGAUUUCCGGUGGGUAUGCGUGUUCUUGCCGUUGAUGAUGACCCAACUUGUUUGAAGCUAUUGGAUACCAUGCUGCAAAAAUGCCAGUACCAGGUUACAACGACCACCCAUGCUAAAACGGCGUUAAAGAUGUUGCGGGAAAACAGGAACAGAUUUGAUCUUGUUAUAAGUGAUGUGGAAAUGCCAGAUAUUGAUGGUUUCAAGCUCUUGGAGCUUGUUGGUCUCGAAAUGGACCUUCCUGUCAUCAUGUCGUCGUGUCACGGUGAUACCUCUUUUGUGAUGAAGGGAAUUACACAUGGUGCUUGUGACUAUUUGGUGAAACCCGUUCGAAUUGAGGAGCUCAAGAACAUCUGGCAACAUGUAGUAAGGAGGAAGAAGUUGGAGUCCAAGUCCUCCUGCCUAGACAAGGAUCGCCAAGAAAAUGGAGGGGGUGGAAAAGGGCAUGCACCUACUGAUAAUGCGAAUGGAAAGCUCAACAGAAAGAGAAAGGACGAGGAAGAAGAUGAAGAUGAAGAAAAUGAGGACCCGACAACCCAGAAGAAGCCUAGGGUUAUUUGGUCCGUGGAGCUUCAUGGGAAGUUUGUUGCAGCAGUUAAGCAAUUGGGUAUUGAAAAAGCUGUCCCUAAAAGGAUCCUCGACAUGAUGAAGGUCGAAGGAAUUACCAGGGAAAAUGUGGCGAGCCAUCUCCAGAAAUAUAGGCUUUUGCUUCGAAGGAUCAAAUCCAUGGAAGAUCAGAGAGUAAACAUGGUUCCUGAACUAGGGGGAAAAGAUUUUUCCUCAACGCCGAUAAAUUCAUGCCAUGGACUUGGUGAUUUUCUAACAUUUUCUGGAAAUGGGAGGUUUUCAAACUCCGGCCUAUCAGGAUAUCAAACUGGUGAAAUACUUGGUAACCUGAAUAACCCUCCUGGGAUUAGCCUCCAUAACCUUUCUUCUUCUGCACUACUCCCACAGAAUCAUGCCCAGAACUUGAGUGAUUCCAAUUCUAACCUUGGGAUGCCCUAUUCAGUUAUUUCCCCAGCAAAUUACAAGGACAGGUUUUUUCAAAGGAAUCCAACACUAUUGAAGAUUGACCAAUUCCAACAAACUAAGUGCGUUUCUGGCAUUCCAGAGUUCAAUUCUGCUUGCAUUCCAACAACUUUUGCGGAUAAUAUAGUUCCAGUUAGUGGCUUAAGCAACUCUCUAGCUUGUGGCUCAAGGAACCCUUUGUUUCUACAGGGAAUUCCGAAACAAACACAAAGUGGGGGACUAUUUGGUAAUCAGUCCAAUUUGAAAGUGACCUCUUUGAAUACAGAACCUUUGAAUGCUGGAAUCAGUGGUUCUAAUUUUCUGGAUAACAGCAGAUUCAGUCACAACUGGCGGAACACCAUUCAGCUAUCAAAAUUUUCACCUAAUCCUUUGUCAUUGAGUGAACAAUUGAAUGUUGAUGUGCCUCCUAAUAGCUGGAGAAAUGGUAAUUGUUCAACUGGCUUUCAGAUUCAAAGAAACCCAGUUGAUUUUUCUUCUACAAACACAAUUUCAGCUCCCAUGCAGGAUUCAAGAGGAGAGAUUCAGCGUCGAACAGGCUUGGUUGGUGAUUUCGCUCAUGGUACAAAUUUAGCUACAGACCUGAGGUGGGGAGAACAUCAACAGGAUCAUACCCAACACCCGAAUGAAAUUAUGGUUCCUCCCAAUGCUGUUAUGGGUCCAUUAGGCCAGGUUUUGGAUCAAAACUAUGGAGUAUGCAAUAGAAAGAGUGAUGCGUCCUUGGUCAGCCAUAGCAGCUUUUCAGAUCUCCUGCCGCUUAGAGAUAUUCAGAAAUCUGCCAUGGACUCGCAAAUGAGGUCAAGUGAAGACUAUCAUUUGGAGCAAACAAAGUCACCGGGAAGCUUAGGUCAUGAUGGUUACGACGACUCUUUGGAUUAUCUAAUGGAUGCAAUUAACAAGCCGGGACAAGAUCUAAGUGAGAAAGUGGAUGGAGAAUUUGAAUACGAUGCUUUCUUGGAGAAUAGGGAGAGCCGCAGCAGUCAAGUCUACCCAUGAGGAGCUUCGUCAUCAUCUAGUUGCUUCCCAGAGAAAUUAUUUGCUUCUGCAUUAUUUUUCCCCUUUCUGUUUUUACCCUUCAAUUAAUCCCUUGAACCAAAGUGUUAUUUCACAUUUGCAAUUGCUAAUGCCAUGCUUGCUUUUUUAUCUUA